AUGACCGCUUCCUCUUCACUACGGUCUCGACUACGUCCCCGACAGCAUCUACGGCAACGACUAUCACUACAAAUACAACAGAACUCCUCCUCUAUAUCUACCUCCACUAUCUCUACUCCUUCCUCGACUUCUAGCUUUUCUUCCAUAUCACAAUCUCAGAUCCGCACUCGUUCCAAACACCGUUCUACUCGUUCGACAUCUCUUCUUCCUCUUCUCUCUUUCUCUGCCUGUCUUAGCAAUUUACCUCCAGAAAUAAUAUCGCGCGUUGCAGAUUAUUUACUUCUGGCUGACUUUUCCAGACUAGGAAGAACAUGCAAAUUAAUGCGUGGGCAUUUUCAGCGAGAUCUUCUUGUAUAUCUAAAGAACGUAUACGGCUUAUCAGUACGAUCAGGAUCCCUGGUACUCUUUGCUUAUGCAGCACAUCUGCAAUACAGAGCCCCAAAAUUAUUGGACCGAAUUCUCGAUGAAUUUUUCUAUGACUUUACGGACUCUCUACUUGAUUCCUCGUACGCUGUUAUUAUACCCUCGGAGUCAUUGUUAACAUGUCGGUUUCCACAACAGACAAUUUACAAACAAAGAGAAUCGCGCUGGGCCACAUAUUGGAGUGUGCUGUACUCGCUUGACAAACAGCCUAAUUUAGAUCCACCUUGUUUCAGAGAUGAUAGAAAGGAAGAUGACUAUAUGGAUGAGGAUAAUGAGGAUGGAGUGACUUUGAGAAGGAAUGGGAGAGACGGUAGGGACACCUAUGCAUGCAGAGCAGACUUGACAUUUGGGCUUACUAGUGCGGCAAUGGCAAGUAUUGGUGUGGAUGUUAGUGAUACUCCAACCGAUGGACUGUAUUCUACACAGCAACAGGGACUUACUCUCUGUAAACAUUCAUCAGGACCGAAUGCAACAACGUUAAAUCCAAAAUUACAAUUCUUAGAAAAAUACACAACUCGUAUGAAUGCAAAGUUUGCCGCAGCUUGUGGUGUAUUGCAUAUGAGUGAUAAAAACGAGAAUAGUAGUCAUAAUGAUAGUAGUGAUGAUAAUGACAAUCACGAUAAAGUCAUACAAGUGGGAGGAAAGACAGCAGAUUGGUUUUUAGCUGACGUGAGACAGAAAAAGACGUAUCGCAUGUUGAUCAGUCAAAAUAUUCGAUACGGUGAUGUUGCAUUGUUGAGAUUUUAUUUGGAAAAAUAUGGUGCGCCUACAAACAGAAUCAUAAAAUUCACAGCUGAGGUGAGCAUUGAUUGA